AUUUCAUCAAAGAGCUAAUCGUGAAUUCACAAGCUGACCUUGAUGACAUGUUUACAAGGACAUAUGAUUCGCUAUAUGAGCAGAACAAAGACUUGUUUGAUGAUCUUUACACAAACUUCAGGAAUUAUUAUUAUGGACGAGACAUCGAUCUUUCAGAGGUAAUGGGAGACUUCUUCAAUCAGUUAUUUGAGCGGAUAUUCCAGCUUCUCAAUCCCCAAUAUGAGUACACGGAUGACUUCUGGAGCUGCACCAGGCAAGAUGUCAUCAUGGAGAGUCUGAAGCCGUUUGGCGAGGUGGCCAACACCCUCAUCGACAGGGCCAAGAAGUCGUUCGUGGCGGCCAGGACAUUCGGCCAGGGACUUGGUUUCGGACGUGAUGCUAUAACGAGAGGAUCCAAGGUGGAGCCAACCCCAGAGUGUCGGAAGGCUUUGAUGAGAAUGUCAUACUGCCCUCAUUGUAAAGGUAUCCCGUUCGUCAAGCCCUGCCAUUCGCUCUGCCUCAACAUCAUGAAAGGGUGUCUGGCCAGCCAAUCGGAGAUGGACGCAGAAUGGAAUUAUUAUAUCGAUGCCAUGACGAUGCUUGGUAACCGAAUGGAUGGCACCCUAAACAUCGAGACCUUCCUCCUCACCCUGGAAAUUGAGAUAUCCAACGGCAUCAUGAAUAUGCAAAACAACGGCCUCUCGAUAUCAACAAAGGUUUUCAAUGGGUGUGGGGUUCCGGCUUUGGGAAGGAAGCGUAGGGAGUCCAAUCCGCUUGGAGCCGGCGUGUCGCAGCCUGCUGCCCCCGCCGCCCCCGCUGACGAGGACCUCAUGAUGGAGGAUGACGGGGAGAUGGUCACGGAAGCUCCAACGGCUGCUGAAGGACCGUCGACGAAGGUCCAGAAGACCAAGGGCAACGCUACCGAAACUACAUCGGCAGGGCUGAACGGAAGACAAGGGAGAAGGCAGGGAGAAAGAGCGAGUGGCUACAGGUACCCCGCCCCGACCACGGCUGCUGGGACCAACCUGGACCGUCUCAUCAAGGAUGUCCUCAAGAGGCUACGGGACAGUCGCCCCUUCUGGUCGGCGCUGCCCUACAUGAUUUGCGACGACACCAACAUCGCAGAGGAAGUGACGUCGACAGCGGAGGACAACUGUUGGAACGGAGAAAGAGUUGGGAGGUACGAGCUGGACAUUGUCGGGAGUGGCAUUGCCAACCAGAGGAAUAAUCCCGAGGUGACCGUCAUGUUGACCAAACCCGUCGCAGCCAUCAGGAUACAAAAAGAGAGACUAGAGACAAUCACUGAUAUAUUACAACUCGCACAAAACGGAGACGAUGUUCCUUUCGUUGAUCACCAGGGUCUAGAAGACGGGAGCGGUUCGGGAAGCGGCAGUGGGUCCGGUGACGGUGGAACGGACCCCGGCGAAAACCUCUUUCCUUUCAGCACCGAAUUCGAGGAUCCCAUCUACCGUCCGACAAGACUGCCCUCGGGGGCAUCGUCCAUCCACAGAGUCACGUCGCUUCUCCUCGCCGUUGUCAUGGCAACGGUCACGUCCCUCCUCAGAUGGUGAUAGUUCCCAAACUUUAUUUUUCUACCAUCC